GUUACAGCCUCAGCAACAAUACAACGCCAACAUGUGUUAAAUGAUACUGCUCUCCUUCCCGCGGAGAUUUUCAUGAAUCUCUAAAUUGAAUCUCACUCGAUUUUGUACGCUUUUAAUAAUAAAGAGAGGUUCUGUUCCUUAUCGGCAGAGAAAAGGGAGAUUUUUUUCGAACAUAAAAAUGGGCAAAAAUCAGUUAAGGAGAGCGAGAAAGAAAGCUCUAAAAUCCCAGGUGAUCGAGCCGACUUCUCACGACAGCCCCCCCACGCAAGACCCAGUUGAUGGAACCAUAUCCUCAAGUGCCCCCAAGGCGGUCACUAUAGAGCUACAAAAUGCUGUGCCUCCAGAUCUCAAUGAUCCACUAUGGCAGAUGUACAAAGAUAUUGUUGGAAAGUUUGACGAAUCCGAGGAUGGGAAACCAUCAUCGACAGAGCCACUCAAACCAGUAAUAUACUUCGAUGAUGACAAUGAGAUACCAGAUGAGGAAGAGAAAGAACCCUCCUUAUCGAAGCGGAAACGAAAGGAAUUAAACAAGCUUUCCGUUGCUGAACUGAAAGCAAUGGUUCGGAGGCCAGAAAUAGUCGAGUGGACGGAUACAUCAGCUCCUGAUCCUCGACUUCUUGUUCAUUUAAAGGCUCAUCGCAAUGUUGUCCCUGUGCCUACCCAUUGGUCACUCAAACGGGAAUAUCUUUCUUCCAAAAGAGGCAUAGAGAAACCUCCAUUUGCCUUGCCAAGAUUCAUCCAGGAAACUGGAAUAUCGGAGAUGCGUGAUGCUGCUUUAGAAAAGCAGGAGCAGGCAACAUUGAAACAGAAGCAGAGAGAGAGGGUUCAACCGAAAAUGGGAAGACUGGAUAUCGACUAUCAAAAGCUAUAUGAAGCCUUUUUCCGAUUUCAGACCAAGCCGGAGCUUACACGAUAUGGUGAGGUCUAUUAUGAGGGCAAAGAAUACGAGACCAAUCUCAGACACCUUCGGCCAGGUGAACUUAGUGCUGAGUUGAAAGAAGCACUUAAUAUGCCACCUGGAGCCCCUCCUCCUUGGUUGAUCAACCAACAGCGAUACGGCCCGCCUCCUUCUUAUCCUGCCCUGAAGAUUCCAGGUCUUAACGCCCCUCCUCCUCCUGGCGCUAUGUGGGGAUACCAUCCUGGCGGUUAUGGAAAGCCACCUGUUGAUGAGCAUAACAGGCCUCUGUAUGGUGGCGACAUCUUUGGUGUGCUGCAACCCCAACAGGCCGUGCAACAGGGCGAGCCCGUCGAGAAGGACCUUUGGGGAGAAUUGCAGGCACCAGAUAUGUCAGACGAGGAGAGCGAAGAGGAGGAGGCUGAGAGUGGCGAUGAUGAGGAUGAUGAGGAUGUCGAGACAGGCGUGCAGACCCCAAGUGGAUUGGAAACUCCCAGCGGUCUAGAUUCGGCUGUUCCAUCGGAGGUGACCGGUCCUGAGAACAUUGCCGGUGAGUUUGAUGUGCGGAAGCACUAUCGGGGAACUCAAACCGAGGAAUUUGUGGGCCAAAGAAGCGCCUUUCAAGUCAUACCUGAGAGGCAAGCGCAAGUGCAAGGAUUUUUUGGGGCUGACAGGGCGUAUGAUCUUAGCGUAUCCUCGAGUUCUCUGCCCGUUCUCGGCUCCGAUGACCAUAACAAAAAGCGCAAGAGGCCUGGAGACGUUGAUGUGUCUGUUGAUCCGGAUGCCUUGCACGCGAAUGAUGGCAUUGAUCGAGAAGAUAUAAAAAGGUUAUAUGAAACCCAGAGGCAACAGCAGAACCAUCCGAACUGGGAUUUUCAGGAGGAUUUGAGUGAUAUGAUUGCGCAUGAGAGUCGCAAGAGACUCCGGUAAGAGACGGGACAAGAUAGCAGGAGUGUCUUGGUAGCUCUUCCCAGGAAUACCACAAAUUAUCCAUAUAUCAAUCUUUUAAUGAUCAUAUCAUUCUU